UCUGCUCUUCUUCAGAAACUUGAAGAUCAAGAAAAGUCAUCAGUAGCCCAAGUAAAUGAUCUAAAAGAGCAGAUCAACAACGUUCGAGCUGAAGUAAGCAGUCUCCAAGAGCAAUUAGCUUCUCUGGCUGCUCUAAAAAGUGAGGCAGAUAUCACUCUCGACAUAAAGGCUGGAGAAAUAUCAGAGCUCCUGCUACAGAUUGUAAAUCUAAAAGAAGAAGUAUCAAGCAAAACUGCUGAAGGAGAAAAGUUACUUGAAGAGCAGAAAUCACUAGAAGAGAGAAUUGCUACGCUUUCAGGGAUCAUUCAAACCUAUAAAGAGGCUCAAGCGAAUGUGGUUGGAGAGAUAUCACAUAAGAUGAACGACACUCUGACAGGCAUCGAUGCAUUCAACAUGAAGUUUGAGGAAGACUACGGCCACAUAGAGUCUCGAAUACACGAAAUAGUGAACGAGCUCAAGACCACAACGAACUGCAUCAAAGAUAGUAACAUCGAGAAAGAUCAGCUGAGGAAGGAAAUCGCCAUUUUGUCCCAACAAUUGAGUGAUGAUAAAGGUAAUGGUGUGCACCUCAAGGGAAGGAUGGCUGAACUGGAAACUGCAUUGAGAAAAAAGGAGGAUGAAAAGGACUGCUUGAUCAAAACCGUAUUAGAGAGGGAGAUGAAGAUGGGAGAGCUUGAGAAAAUAGUAGCGGAAAGGGAUGAGAAAAUCGGAGAUUUGGAGAUGAAGAUGAAGGAGAACGGGACCGGAUUCGAUAGAUUGUUUGAAGAGAAACGAGAGGCCAUAAGACAGUUGUGCAUAUGCAUUGAAUACCACCGCAGCUGCAACGACGAGCUUAAAGACAUGAUCGCGAAAACACGAAGAAGGUAGAUCCCCUGCUUAAU